UUAAUUAAGCCAAUAAAUAAAACAAAAUGUGGUUGAUAUAAUUUGAUAGUCUACUGAUUGGCCGGAAUUGUUGAGUUUAUCAAAACUGGUAAAAGCCGGUUAAAGCUGAAUAUUGACUUAAUGCCCAAAGGACAUUUGUCAGUUUUCCAUUUAUGUGCAUUUCCUGAUUUUCCUUGAUUGCCAAUCAUUCACCUUCAUGUCCUGUUAGAAAACGCAGCUUAACUUUAGCCGUCAGCUUAGUGUACUAAAACCUGAAGAAGCUGUUCUAUAGCUAUCAUCAAACAUAUUUGACCUUGUUUCGCUCGGCCAACGCUGCGUAUGAGUGUUGUUUAGAUGACUUUCUCGAUUUGCUUGUUGCUUUCAUUAUCAAUGUCAAUGUGCCCCAAUCAGCAGGCAAAGCUCUUGUCUAGAAAUUAAUUCAAUGUAUCUGUGAGAUACUUUACCUCUCAAUAUUGCUCUCCCUCUCUCUCGAUUGCUGAGUUAAUGGGGCAUUUUCCAACAGACAGAAAUAACAAUAAAUCCCACCAUUGUCUGUAGGUCAUGAGCACAUUCCACUUUGUUGCAAAAAUUGAUUUCCUUCAGCGUUUUAUUUACUUUUAUUUUCUUGAAAUCACCUCUCUUUGCAUUUUUAUGCUCUCAGCCUUAUCAUCGAUCGUUGUUAUUGUUUAUUUUUAUAUUUUUGCAUCGAAACAAUUUCAUUUUGCUUAAGCAAUCGCAUUUGUGUUUUGCAGUUCGAGUGUCUCGGUUCUUGUGUUGUUUUUAUAUUUAGCGCGAAAAUUACGAAAUUUUCUCACCUUUUCUUUGAUUGUUUGUUAAUAAUUUAUUGAAAAUGAUUCUAAGUCGUUGUCGUUGUGUGCCAGGCAUUUUCGUCUAUAGGAUGAGCAAUGCGGGAAUCGACGGCGGAGGAGGAGGAGGAGGAGGCGGUGGAGGAGUACCAGGAUCCGGAACAGGAUCAACAGCAGUGCCACCCACAACGCCACCACCCACUGGCCAUGGAUCCACUCGUCGCCUGAGCCACUUGACGGGCAGUAGCCGUACGGGAGGAGCCGCCGCCAUGGGCAAUGUGGUGGGCUGGCUGAAGCAGGCUUCCAUUGAAGUGCGAGACGCCGGCACCAGAACUUUGUCCAUGCUGCAGAGCAGUAAUCCAAACUUUCGAUCUUUGGACCUAUCACUGGGCACACCCACACCCACCACGCCAACAUCUAGUGAAGUUCCAGCAGCACCGGCCAGUGCCACAGCCUCGUUGAGCGGUUCUACAUUGCAAUUUGGACCAGAAGAUCCAGAGGAAGGAUCUACGGCUAGUGGAAGUCAAUCGCUGACGCCCCUUGAUGCCAGGGAACUCCUGACGAGACCCACACGAGCCUACGCCUCCGUCAGUCAGCCGCAAAGUCCCAGACAUCGAGGUUCGGGCUCUGGUUCGGUUUCUGGAUCCCGAAUCAUCACACACGGUCUGACCGGACGCUCAACAUCGAUAUCAUCGCAGCUGGAGAAGACCAAGAAGCUGUUGAAAAUGACCGAGGGCGAGGACAAGCCACUGACCAUUCUGCAUUACAACGAUGUCUACAAUAUUGAGUCCAUGGCGGAAACGGAACCGGUGGGCGGAGCAGCCAGGUUUGCCACGGCCAUAAAGAGUUUUGCCCACCUCAAUCCCUUGGUGCUCUUCAGCGGAGAUGCUUUCUCACCCAGCAUGUUGAGUACUUUUACCCAAGGAGAACAAAUGAUUCCCGUGCUCAAUACGGUGGGAACCCACUGUGCCGUCUUUGGCAAUCAUGAUUUUGAUCACGGUUUGGAUGUCCUGGUAAAGUUGAUCAAGCAAACGGAGUUCCCUUGGCUUAUGUCCAAUGUGGUGGACAAUGAAACUGGUCGUCCUCUGGGCGGUGGCAAGAUCUCACACUUUAUACUGCACAAUCAGAUAUCCAUUGGCUUGAUUGGCCUGGUGGAGCGGGAGUGGUUGGAGACCCUGCCCACCAUUGAUCCCAACGAGGUGACCUACAUCGACUAUGUGGAGGCGGGCAAUAAGCUAGCCCGCGAGCUAAGAAACGAGGGUUGUGACCUCAUCAUUGCCCUUACCCAUAUGCGUACACCCAACGAUAUUAAUCUGGCCGAGAAGUGCAAUGGCAUCGAUAUUAUACUUGGUGGUCACGAUCAUGUUAGGGAGGUGACCGAAAUCAAUGGCAAGAUGAUCGUCAAGUCGGGCACGGACUUCCAGCAGUUCUCGGUGAUCACUAUCGAGCGAGAUGCCACCAAUCGGGAGCACUUCACCACGGAUGUUAAGUGCUUUGAUGUGACAGCCAAGAUUCCAGAGGAUCCGGAGCUGAAGCAGGAGCUCUCCAAAUAUGCCAAGUUCAUUGAGAGCAAACUAUCAGACGUAAUGGGAGUGUUCAGCGUGGAGCUGGAUGGUAGAUUUUCCCGAGUGCGAACCCAGGAAACGAAUUUGGGCAACUGGGUGUGCGACGUGGUGCUGGCCGCCGUCGGAGCAGAUGUGGUCAUCCUAAAUGGCGGUACUUUCCGUUCAGAUCGAGUGCAUCCAGUGGGUGCUUUUACCAUGGGCGAUCUGGUUAAUGUUAUACCCAUGAGGGAUCCACUUAUUCUACUCGAGGUUAAGGGAAAGAUACUCUGGCAGGCACUGGAAAACGGAGUGUCCGCCUAUCCAAAACUAGAGGGUCGUUUCCCUCAGGUGUCGGGCAUCAGUUUUGCCUUUGAUCCGCAGGCGGAACCUGGCAAACGUAUCGAUCCACAGUUAAUCCAGGUGGGUGAUGAGUAUCUAAACCUGGAGCAGACCUACAAGUUGUGCGUCAAAAGCUACAUCUUCAUGGGCUGCGAUGGCUAUACCAUGUUUAAGGAUGCCACUGUGCUGAUGGAUGAUGAUGCCUGUCCCGAGUUGGGAAUUACCCUGCAAAACCACUUCAAGGCCAUCAAUUCUCGUAAGUGUGGUCAAAACACAAAGCACAGGCAGUCGCUGGUGACACUUUCCCGGAGGCAUAGCCUAGUGCAGUGCCUGGAUAGUAUGGAUCUAGAUGGACCAUCACCCAUACGCAAGUUAUCAGUGGGUCAUCAUAAUAAGUCAAUGGAUUUGACGCAUGGCAAUUCUCAAAAGAUGUUGCGACGUGCCUCCUUGGAUGACCUGGAGCAGUCCACCUGCGAUUUGGCGCCACAGCUGGAGCACCGCAUAAUUAUGAUACAAAACGAAGAGCAUCAUCGACAGCUGCUGUUCAAAAAGGAGACGCACAUCAUGAAUUCCACAAUCACCGAGGCUGAGGACGAUUACAAAAAGAUAAGACAACUUGAUUUAAGGGCAGUUUCCGAUGAGAUGGAGAAGAAUAUUUGAAUAUAAGGUUUAGGCACAAAGAUAAAAAGCAAAGCGAAGAUAUAUCCGUUAGCUAGUUAGUUAGUUGGUAGAUCUAUGGGAUCGUGUCCUAUAUAUAUAUAUUUAUUACUAUUACCGUUUAUUGUUAAAGCUCUUGUGUUUUUUCCAUUCUUUUCUGGCUAAGUUUUAAAAGACUUCCCUUAUGAGAUGUAUGAACUUGAUAUUAAUAUUGGAUAUUGGAUAUUGUAUAUGAUGUAUGUGUAUGUAGUGAGUACGUGUACCUAAAGCUUACCGCUAGUUUAAUUUACUUUUAAUUAGAUAAACUGAUUUACAACAACCAACUGAUUAUUAUAUUGUAAUUACUGAGCAGCCCUUAUGUUUUGUGAUCUAGAUAAAACGAUAAAAAACCAAAAGAGUUUGUGCCGAGCUUUGAGAUUCCCCCCUUAGAUAUUCCAAAUAGUUGUUUUCCAAAUUCCCAACUCCAAACUCACAAACGCAAUCAAACACUAUAGGUUGUAAAAAAUUACAAAAAAAAAAGGGGAAGGACUAGCAAAACUCAAAUGGCAAGCAGAUUGUAAAGUGAAUGUAAAGCAAUAUUUUAGACAAUGCACCUAAAUUUUGAAUGUCAAAAAGAAAACACAAAAAAAAAAAAAAACAAAAUGGGAUAUGUAUAUUUUUAUGGACACUUUUGGAGCGCUUAAAUACAGCAAGAGCAUACAUAUUAUUUUUUAGAGAACGCGAAAACAGUCGUGCCGGUGCAACACUCAUGGAUAAAUGCUUUAAUCUUAAAUAGUUCCUUGAACUUGCACACACAUACAGAAAGAGGAGAUGUCCAUAGAAGAGCAAUCUGAUUGCUAAACUGACGACCGACGACCAACCGGAAAUCAGAACAAAAGCUAAUAAACAAUGGCAGCAGCAGCAGCAGCAGCAGCUAACCACUCAAUUACACAAAGUUAAACAAUAAGUAGAGGAAGCCACAUAUAUGUACUCCAUGCUUAACUGAUUGUCCAUGCUUAGAACGUACAGUUAACUAAAGUGAACAAUAUACAGGCUCAAAAUGCACCUGAUAAUUAAAAUUAUAAUGGACCCAUAUAUAUAUAUAUAUACAUCUUUCGACCUCCUUCCACGUCCCCAUUCAUAGGACAACCUUCAACACUUUCAAACUAUUUCGCAAAAUGGGCCAUUAGCCCGUAGAAGAACGCAUUUUGUGUGUAUAUUGAACGAAGUACAUUGAUUUAUGUAAACAUUUAUUAAAUACAUAAACUAUA